AUGUAUAGCAACCGCUCCCAUCCGCUCCUCGAGCAGGUCCCCUUGACCGUCUCUCCGUUCAUCUCCCUCCCCACCGCUACAACACUCUCCUACAACUAUAAGGCUAUGCCCUCAGCCCUGCCUCCCUCAGCCACAGGCGUGCCAGCCGCCGUCACCGAGGAUGCAGCAGCCGGGGACGCCUCCGCAAAUAAGCCCAAGUAUGUGAUCUCGCAGUCGGGACACGCAGCACAUCCGGACGAUAUUAUCGCCUCUUGUCGCGCGCUACAAGCACACAUCACAAAGAUGCAGGAGGACGCCGAGCGUGACUUGCGGGACCUCGAGACCAGGAUAAAAGAGCGAGAGCUGGCUGAGAAGAGAAGGGUUGCGCCCGGCUGGCUAGACAGUGAAGCCCGGAUCCUCGAGCCGGAGAAGGUGGGCGGUCCAUCUGAGGAGGAGGAUGGGCAUCAGACAUCAGCUGUAGCGGGGACCAGUGAGAUGCCGUUGAAUGACCAAGGCGCGGAGCUAGACCGAGUGUUUGGCGGGUUGAGCAUGAAGUGA